GAGCAAAGGAGCCAUCGAUCGGAAACGAGGUUUCCCCGUUCCUUGCUGGGAGAGAGUACGCUUCGAAGAAAGCCGAGUCGUUGAUCGACGAUGCUCGUUGCGUGGUGGGGCGGCACAGGGGGCGUGGCUUUGCGUCACCACGGGAUCGAGGGGUGGAGCGACGGGGGCGGUGCCUCAGCAACCUCAAACAACUACGACAUCGACAGCGGCGCCGGUGGCGCCCAGAAGUUCUGGUGCUCACCACUUUUAAGCCCACGGAGGGGCCUACCUAGCUUCGGUCGGUCGGAGAGGGAGCGCCCAGAGGAACAAGAGGCGCCGCUGCCGCCAUCAUGAAGCUCCGAGUGCGGCUGCAGAAGCGAACGGCUCCCUUGGAGUUGCCAGGGGCGGAGCCAACUCUGGGGGACCUGCGCACGCACCUUGGUCAGACCCUCUUGCCCACCUGGGGAUACAGUUCUGACACAGAGUUUGCUGUAACCUUGAAUAACAAAGAAUUCCUCACUGGAGACCAAGAAGCCCUAGCAUCAUUUGGGAUUGUUUCAGGAGAUUUGAUAUGUUUGGUGUUGGAAGAUCCUAAUGCCGUACCCAUAUUACUUCCAUCCUCCUCCCUGCCUCUACUACAGAAUAAUCAUGAACCUUCUACUUCAGCUAUAUGCCUUGGCCAACCCAGGAGUCAGGAUAAUAAAAGCCACAAUGGACAGCCAGAAGACCAUCAAGUCCAAGGUGAUGUUCAAAUGGGUGACAAUACGGCAGGAUCCAGCCAAGAGUUUGUUUCAGAGACUGUCUCAGAUGACCUUGAUCUCCAAGAAGUUGUGGGUUCUUAUCCUUUGGAGCCAAUGCUUUGCUGUGAAACUACCGAUGGUCAAGUGCCACACUCACUUCAGACCCUCUACCACUCUGCAGAGUGCACCAGUGCCAAUGAUGCCUUGAUAGUUUUGAUCCAUCUUCUCAUGAUGGAGACAGGAUAUGUACCUCAGGGGACAGAAUCAAAGGCAACAUCAAUGCCUGAGAAGUGGAGAAACAAAGGUGUUUAUAAGCUACAGUAUACUCACCCGCUCUGUGAAAGUGGCUCUGCUGUCCUUACAUGUGUGCCUUUGGGGGAUCUUAUUGUUGUCAAUGCAAUGUUAAAGAUAGCGAACAAUAUUAAAAAAGUGAAGAGACUGCAGCUUCUGCCAGCAUCCUUCAUCUGUUUUCAAGACACAGCAAAUGCUGCCAGAGUGUAUAAGGACCUUCAGAAGUUGUCUCGUCUCUUUAAAGAUCAGCUGGUGUACCCUCUUCUGGCUGCCGCCCGGCAAGCUUUGAACCUACCAGAUGUGUUUGGCUUGGUGGUCCUUCCGCUGGAGCUGAAACUUCGGAUUUUCCGACUCCUAGAUUUCCGCUCACUCAUCUCUCUCUCUGCUGUUUGUCGUGAGCUCUACACUGCUUCAAAUGACCAACUACUGUGGAGGUUCAUAUACCUACGGGAUUUUAGAGAUCCUGUUACCAGGCCUCGAGACACAGACUGGAAGGAACUAUAUAAGAAGAAAUUGAAGCAGAAGAAGGAUGCUCGGAGUUGGAGGCAGAUGAUGAUGGGAAAUCCUAUCCCAUUUAAUCCCCACCCACUAUAUCCCAAUCCUUUUCCUCCUAGUCCUCUUUAUCCACCAAUUAUCAUUGGUGGUGAAUUUGAUGAGCGGCCAACACUUCCAUAUAUUGGAGACCCAAUCAACUCCCUCAUUCCUGGCCCAAGAGAUGUGCCGGGUCAGUUUCCUCCUUUGAGGCCACACUUUGAUCCAUUUAUGUCUUUCCAAGAGCCCAAUCCCACACUCCCAGGAAGAGCCAGUUGCAAUGACAGAUUCCUCCCCAGGACCAAUCGGAGCCGCCCGAUUGAUAGUCGCCGUGCAUUCAUAUGAUGAUUCCUGCCACCUCCAUGUUAGGGUUUUAAACCCUCUGUUCCUGGGCUUGCUUUCAAACUAUAGGAUGUUUCAGCCACAGGACUCUGUCUGCCCACAAGCAAUGCACAUGUACCAUAGCUCCAGGGACUGGGCCCAACAACUCAGUGCAAAAAAAUUAGUGCUGCCUCCCUUAGAACUGGAGGUCCUUUGCAAAAGAACUCUGUGAGACACUUUGUUCUUCCUGUUCAUCACCAUCUAUAAAUUGCUUCUUAGAAAGCAAAAGGUGGUUGGCCUUUACUGCAUCAGAUAAAGAGCACUUUAAGCACAAACA